AUGUCGUUCUUCCUCAAAAACAGAACUUAUAAGAACAGAAGCUUCCAUCCGGACAACCAACCCUUUGAAAUCCCUAAGGAGAGAAGCAGCAUAAAGAAGGACCCCGAGGAAGACUCGAGCAUAUCGAUACCGGAAAAUCCAACCGCCUUGACGGACAUUCAGAAUCUCCGCCAUCUUUACGGUUACUUCACCAAUCUGAAAUAUCGAGAAUGUCGCACGCCAAUUCCCCUUCCAAAUCUGGAAACACAUGUAGCCAAAUGGCUACACACAACCAACCGUCGCUUACAAUAUCUCUCUACACUACAAUGUCGAAAAUGUAAGCGAGAUACUUGUAUUGGAUGUCGACAAAAACCAGCAAGUAUAGGACUGGUAACCAAAUUUCAAGAGGGAGAAAAGAAAUAUAGAAUACUAAACUGUUGUGGAAAUGGGAAGUUAUUCAGUGUUUGGGCCUUCUUGAGUCUGAUGGAUGAAGAAGCUGAAAGAGAGCUUGGAGGAAACCUGGAUGCUGUCCCCAAGAGUGAGGGAAAGAAAGAGGAAAAGCUGAAUGAUAUACUUCAAAAAUAUCUUCCCUAUCUCUCUCACCUUGUUCCUUUAUCCGCAAGCGAGGGUAAGAGAAAUAAGGUCGCUUCGUCAUUCCUCGACGAGCAUCCUCCUGCAGAGCUUUUUGCACUUCAUAGAUGCAGUGCUUUUGUACUGAAUCUUAUAGAAGUGUUAAUGAGCCAUACUUCCAUUAAAGAUCUGAUUAAGAAGUCUGAAUUCUACGCGCCCAUAGUGGAGUUUCUCAACUCGCUUGUCGACCACAAGAUGUCAUCUCUAAUCGUUGAUAAUUGGGACUGGAAAGGUCAGAGUCCAGGGUUGAAGGAGUUUAACGAGAAUGAAGCUAAUGAGAUGCAAUCCAUGCAGUAUUGGAAGCAGGCAGGAGAUUCUAUUGCGAUCGCUUGCAAGGAUGUAUUGCAUCAGAUGUCUACUUUCGUCGCUCUACUAGACAAAUAUGAUCACAGGCAUUCCAGGGGAAAGGCGACCUCAUCGUGUUUAGACAGCUCGAUCGACUUUUGCAGAGAUCUUUUGAAGCUCAGAGACAAGUUGGCCGAGCAUUCGCUUAGAAAUCUUCCCAUUGUCAAGCCUCUACCUGACGAUCCAUGGGAAGCUUUUUGUGCCAACAAUCAUGUGGCAUUCUCCAGUUCCUCUUUGAAAGAACAUUAUUUUGCAGAACAAUUGGAGGAAAAGGAGAUAAGCGCAGAUACGAGUAAAGGGGGGAAAAUCCUCCUGGAACUUAUGGGAUUGAGUACUGGCUUGGAAGGUGGCGUGUUUGUUUCGGUUUCGAGAAAGAGACCGGAUGCAAUGAAACUAUUGGUCGUUGGUUCAGAGGGACCGCUUGAGGGGGGGUUAUUCACGUGAGUCGAGUGUUAUCUAAGACUCGCGGCUGAAUAUUGCUGAUCGCUUUGAUUUAGGUUUGAUAUCUAUCUUCCCCCCAAAUGGCCGAAGGAAACGCCACGUAUUCAGUGUAAUUCGACCGACGAUCUCUUCCCCAAAUUCAGUAAAUUCAUAUCAUUACAUAGGGAAGGUGAAUUUCCAGUUCUGGGACUUGAAGAAUAG